AUGCUGCAAGACUGGAGGGCUUCAGCACUUGCCGAGGAAUCUCCUGGAUUUUUAAAAGCAGCUACAUUGACAGACGGAGCCAUAAUCAAUGUAGAGGGAUUCAAAGGGAGAAAUGUGUCCUUCCAGUGCUCACACAAAUUUGCAUGGUCAAAUAAUAAAUACUUUUGCAAAGAUCCGUGUAAAAGCACAGAAGACAUACUGGUUACUGUGGAAUCAGGUAGAAGAGCACAGUCAGGGAGGAUAACUCUGGUGGAUUCUGGGGAUGGAUCCUUGACUGUGACCUUCAGCCAUCUCCAGCUGUCAGACUCACAGAUAUACUGGUGUGGAGCGGAAAGAUUUGGUUUCGACACAUAUACUGAUGUACAGCUUAUGGUAAAGAAAGCUCCAGAAACUGAGACAACUGUUAUGCCUGAUGUAUCGUCUACAUGGACAGAUCAAAAUAACACAACACACUUCACAACUGAAACAGGAACAAUGAGGCCUACAGAACUAUCAACAGCCGUAAACUUCAUUUCUGAAGAAGAUCUUAAAAUCAGCUCAGGCACCAUCAUGUAUGCUACUGUUGGGGGAGUUGCUCUGAUCUCCCUCUUGCUGUUGGCAGUAUGCAUCAGGAAGUCCAGAAAAACCUCAAAGUGUAAAAUACAAGUUUCCUCCAACAUCGCAGAUCUCAGCAAUGCAAAUAAAGGAGAGAGGACGAGGCAUAAUAAAGAGUCACCUGAGCCUCUUUCUGUCUCUACUCACCAACACAGACAAGAUCCACCAACAUCUGAACCCACAGCAGCCAGUAGCAUACCCCUUCGUAUCCAUGAAAACAUCCCUUUGUCCAAACGUCCUGCAGGUUCAGGAUGUUCACCCACAAAUGACUAUGAUAAUAACUCUGGGGUCUAUAUGAAUCCUUUGCCAGCUAUAAAAUAUGAAAGAACAGGUAAUGGCACUCGUGGAAAAUGCAUAACUAAACAGGAGACAUGCAAAAAUACAGAAAGCUCUACCAACAGUGCAUUUUCUUGUGUCUCCAAAGCACCCUGUGAAUCCACCAAGAAGGAGCCCAGAUCACUUUGGUUUGGUUUAGAUAUAUCAGAAAUAAAUCUGAGUUAAUCUUAAUCUGAUUUGUAUAUUUUUGUAUGAAUGAGUAAAUAUGUAGGACUGCUUUUUUUGCAUUUG